UUGAAUUUCGACGAUAUGCUGUUCGUACUAGUCUCGGUUCUACUGGCGGCGCGGGUGCUGACCACGGACGGUACCGGUCGUGCGACCAGUUUCACCAUAGAAGACCUGCUGACGAAGAGUUUUCCCAGGAAAGUGUCCGGUGACGGCGGCCUCAACCCCUGCAAGGCUCGUAUUUCGCCCCUAAGCAGUCGCGAACAUGGGUACUACACGGAGAAGCUGUACAGCAUCAGCCGCUUCGUCGACAAACCCAUAGUUACCCAACAGCAUCUCAUGAGCAAAGUACUACACAACGCGAAAAUGAGCUCCAAGAAACGACCCAGACGUGCCGCGGCGACUACCCUAAAGGAACGCCUCUGGGACUACGGGGUGGUGCCUUACGAAUUCGAUGAAAAUUUUAGCCCCGUGCGCAAGUCCUUGGCGAAAGAGGCGAUGCGCCACUGGGAGAACUACACGUGCCUCAAGUUCGUGGAGAGGAACCCGGAGGAGCAGCAGGACUACAUAUAUUUCACGGAGAGACCAUGCGGUUGCUGUUCCUUCGUCGGAAACAGAAGGAUAGGGGCUCAAGCUCUGAGCGUCGGCCCUGACUGCGCCCAGUUCGGUAUCAUUGUCCACGAAAUUGGACACGCGCUCGGCUACUACCACGAGCACACUCGUCCCGAUCGAGACAACUACGUUCGUGUUAUCAAGGACAACAUCAUCCCAGGUCAGGAGUCGAACUUUAACAAGAUGGUGGACCAGGUGACGUCGCUAGGCUUGGAGUACGACUUCGGGUCUAUAAUGCACUACGCGCGUAACACCUACUCGAAAAGCAAAUACCUAGAUACUAUCCAGAUCAUCGAAUCUCCCGAUGCCAAGAAAAACCCUAUAAUCGGACAAAGGGACGCUUUGAGCAGGGGAGACGUAACGCAGGCCAACAUCUUGUACAAAUGUCCAAAAUGUGGUCAGACAUUUCAUACCCAAUCCGGAAUGUUUUCCUCAACGUCCGUCGAGGAAGGUACUGCGAAGUGCGAGUGGAGGAUAGUUGGGACUCCAGGGGAACGUAUUGUGCUCAAUAUCCGCUCGGUAGACAUCCUAAAGUCCGAUAACUGCGAAACCGACUAUCUGGUGGUUAGGGACGGCUAUUGGUACAAGUCUCCUAUUCUGGGUACGUUCUGCGGAAGAUUAGACAGCGCGGUGCUCAAGUCGAACACCAAUAGAAUGCUGAUCACGUACGUUGCGAAAAAUGUCAGGGAGUAUAAGGGAUUCAGCGCUAGUUUCGAUGUUUACUGCGGCGGGGAGUUGAAAAUAUCCUCCGAGGGGUAUAUAGAGUCUCCGGACUACCCUGAUAGUUACAGACCCAACAGAAAUUGCGUGUGGAAAAUAACAGUUCCAGACACGUACCAGGUGGCUCUGAAGUUCCUCUCCUUCGAAAACGAGUACUACCCGAACUGCAGUUACGUCCACGUCCAAGUCAGGGACGGUUUGAACGAAAGUUCCCCCAUUCUGGAGCCAGUCUGCGGUCCUAUUGGACCUCCUCACGUGUUAUCAAGUAGUAAUACCAUGUGGGUAAAGUUCAGGAGCGAUCGGUUUACGAGGUCUCGAGGGUUUUCCGCCAAGGUCGUCGCGGAGUAUGACGAAUGCGUUAGGACCAAUCACGGAUGCGAACAAAUGUGCGUCAACACUUUGGGAAGUUACCAUUGUGCCUGCAACCCCGGAUUCGAGCUGCAUUCGGACAGCAAGAGCUGCGUAGAUGCCUGCGGAGGAUUGUUCAACGCCACCACCGGCACCAUUACUUCUCCCUCCUUCCCGGAACUGUACCCGUCAAACAAACAGUGCACUUGGGAAGUUAGGGCGCCACCUCACCACAAGGUCUUUGUCAAUUUCACCCACUUCGACCUCGAGGGAAACAACUACGUGCAGCAGAUAUGCGACUACGACCACGUCAGCGUCUACAGCAAGUUGAGUAACGGGAAUGUCAACGAGCACGGUACUUUUUGCGGCACCAAAACGCCCAGCUUGAUAGUUUCGGAUACCAACAGACUGGCCAUCGAAUUCGUGUCGGACGACAACCUCCAGCAGACAGGAUUCGCGGUCAUCUAUUACAUCGAUCACGACGAGUGUUCCGUUCAGAACGGCGGUUGCGACCACGACUGCACCAACACUUUGGGUUCGUUCUAUUGCACGUGUAGGACCGGCUUCGUCCUACACGAAAAUGGCCGGAGUUGCAAGGAAGGGGACUGCGUCCAUAGCAUCUCGGUCCCCCCAUAUGGUACCAUCAGCAGCCCGAACUACCCCAAGUACUAUCCGGCUUCCAAGGAUUGCGCGUGGCAUAUAUCCACGCUUCCGGGUCACAGGAUACGGCUGGGCUUCAUGAAUUUCCGCCUGGAAAACCACGCGGAAUGCUACUACGACUUCGUACAGAUCUUCGACGGAGAUUCUUCGGUUUCGAGGCAGCUGGACACCUUCUGCGGCUCGAUGAUGCCGUACCUCAUCAUAUCUUCCGAGAACCACCUCUACAUGACGUUCAGGUCGGACAAGAGCGUGCAGCAGAAAGGAUUCUUCGCCACUUACUCGACGAUAUGCGGGGGCGUUUUGCAAGCCAAAAAGGAAAAGAAGAAGAUUUUCUCCCAUACGAGUUACGGCGUGGAUCAGUACGAAAACAUGGCGAAGUGCGAUUGGGUGAUAAUAGGAGGGGGCGGCUACAGCGUGUACAUUUCUUUCGCCGCGUUCGACAUGGAGUCCGAGGACGACUGCUCCUACGACUAUUUGGAGGUGUUCGACGGUGCCGAUAGUCGGGGUACUUCGAUCGGAAAGUUUUGCGGAUCGAAGGCGCCGCCAGAUAUGACGUCCAGCGAGGACAGCCUCCUGGUGAGGUUCCAGACGGACGACAGAAACGUAGGGAGGGGAUUUAUUAUAGAGUACCAGGCGGUCGAGCAAUUUAGCACGCUGUACAGUCUCGAGGAGUACUUGUGAUUAGUGGAGAAAAACAAAGGGUAGUUUGAGAGUGAGCCGUGCAUUUUUAUUAAGGAAAAUAGCAGCUGUUUCCUCCUUCCUUAAAUUAAAAAAAAACUGUAUAUAAGUGUAUUAUACGAUGUAAAUAUUAGAAUAAAUUUAG